CCGCACUGAGGCCUGGCCACAAAAUCUGCAAACCCUCCCGCCCUCAUUUCCUCUUUCGCUCAAGCGCCCGCCGCCAGCCGCCGCCCGCCCCCCUGCCCUUCGCUCUUGCCUCUGUCUGGCUCGGUGGCUCCGUCGCUCGCCGGCGCCGCCUCGGCCUCGCUCUCGCCACCUCGCCCCCGGUUUGGGGGCUUCGCCCUUUGUCUGGCUCCGUCGCUCGCCGGCCUCGCUCUCACCGCCUCGGUCGUCUCGUCGCUCGCCUUCGCCGGCCGCCGGCUCUCCCCUCGGACCUCGGUCUAUUGCAGUCUCGCUCUCGCUUGCUGCUGCCUCUCUGAGCUCUCUCGACUCUCUCGCAGCCUCGCUCCGUCUCUCGCCGGCGUCGCCCCUCCGGGCUCCGGCCCUCCGUCGCUCGCUGCCGCCUGCCUGACUGCCUCUCCGGCUCUCCGUCUCGGCCCUGCUUCACGUAAUCAGUGAGCAGCACAGCAAGCGGGUGGCAAUGGAAGAAGAGAUUCACUCGGAGUGCCAAUGCUUCCUCAAUGAAGCAACAAUGGCCCUUGACAAGCCCAUUCCCCUACAAGCCCUAGCUCAAGCUCGAUCUCUCAUAGUCAACCCCUCCACCUCUGAAGCCACCAUCUCUUCGCUCUUUCAAACCCUAUGCCAUUCUCUCCAGACAUACCAUCACCCUCUUUCCCUCUGUCACAUUCUCUCUCUCCUCGCUGCCAUCGUCUCACACCACCCUGCCCUUUCUCACUCUAUCUUCCAUGCCAUCUGCUCCUUCUCCCUCCACCUCCAUAACACCUCGGCUCGCACUGUUGCCAAUGCUCUCUCUGUCCUAGCCUCAAUUGCUGAAUCUGACCAGACAUUGGUAUCCUCACUUGCUGAGCUUAGCGAGGGCACAUUUCUCUCCCUUUGCUUCCAAACGAAUGUGCCUGUUCGACAUUGGCUGCUGCUGAAUGCAACAAGGCUCCAAGUUCGACCGCAUUUGUUGCUGAUGUUAUUAUUAGGGUUCACCAAGGAUCCAUAUCCAUACGUGAGGGGGGUUGCUUUAGAUGGGCUGGUGGCUUUGUGCAAGUCUAGUGUUGUUGGGGACCGUGCUCUCCUCGAGAGUUGCUAUUGCUGUGCUGUUGAACUUCUAUAUGACAUGGAGGACUCUGUAAGGUCUGCAGCAGUUCGAGCGGUUUCUCAAUGGGGACAAUUGCUUGUGGCAUCGAACGACAAUAAUAAUAGGGAUUGGUCAGACUCAUUAUUUGUCCAAAUUUGUUCUAUGGUGAUAGACAUGAGUAUGAAGGUUAGAAUUGAAGCUUUUAAUGCCCUUGGGGCGUUUAGUAUGGUCUCUGAGGCCAUUCUGGUACAGACCUUAUCCAAGAAGGUCCUUUCCACCAUGAAAGAGAAGACUUAUCCUUCCCUGAGCUCUUUGAAAUUGGUUGAAAUGCCAGCAUCAAGUGUGGCUGGAGCUUUUGUACAUGGGCUGGAGGAUGAAUUCUAUGAGGUGCGAAGGUCAGCCUGUUAUGCAUUGCAGCAACUCAGCAUUCUCUCCGCUGAUUUUGCUGGUGAAGCAUUAAACUUAGUGUUGAAUGUAUUAAAUGAUGAUUCAAUGGUAGUUCGUAUUCAGGCUUUGGAAGCAAUGUGUUGUAUGGUACUAUUUGACCAUCUAAAGGUGCAAGAAACACAUAUGCAUAUGUUUCUUAGCACUCUAAUUGACACUGAUGCAUCUGUAAGAUCUGCUGCAAGGAAAGUACUUCAAGUAGCAAAGCUGAAUGACAUUACUACCUUUAAAUUGGCCAUUGAUAGUCUUUUGGAAAAUCUGGAAACGUAUCCACAGGAUGAAGCUGCUAUAUUUUCUGUCUUAUUCAGUAUUGGUCAAUGUCAUGGGAAUUUUGUGGUUGGCAUUAUUGAAAGAGUUUCUGACGAGAUUGAACGUUCUUCUAAUGGCAACUUGGGCUUUGAUAGUGGAAGAGUAGCUGCACUGCUAGUGCUGGCCAUUGCAGUUCCACUCUCACAUGAAGAGCGGACACCCAGUAUUCCACGUACAAUAUUUUCUUAUGCUGUAACACUGCUAGGAAGGAUUUCUCAUGCCUUGGGUAAUGUUGUGGACCAGAAUACCCUGUUGGCCUAUUUGUCUCAUUGCAGCAGUUCUACAGUCGUUUCUCCUGCAGAAUUUUACUUCAAAAAGGAAAUGCCAUCCUUGGUCCUGAUGAAAUGCAAUUUGAGUAGGGCCAUGCUAGUCAUGUCAAAUAAUGCCAAUGAAGAGCUACCUAGUCCUGCUGAGAUGCAAUUGCAGGACUUAAAUGUUUCAGUCUCAGGUAUUCAUUUUCAGAGAACAAGUGCACCAAUUAAGCUGCCAGCCACACUAGUGGAUCAGCAGUCAGAGGUUCAGAAUGAUUUAAUAAAACUUCUGGAGCUUGUGCUUGAGAAACUCAAAGUUAUGUGGCAGUUGAUACAACUUGGAUGCACUGGUGAAGUACUAAAGACAUUGAGAAGUUGGAAGGAACAGUUGGCAAAAUGUACUAGUGGUUCAUCAACUGGUGUUUUAGAUUUUGUUUCGCAAUGCAUGAGGGUUGUGAAACUGCUGGCGAAGAUAUGGCCUCGUAUUAACUCUCCAAGAAAACUCUCUUAUGCUAGAACGGGAGAUUUGGGUCUUUUAUUAGAAAAGCUAGAUAGAAUCCUCAAAGGACUGAGCUAUAGGUUCAUAGGCAUGAGCAAACAAGAGGAGUUGUUUGUGUUGGAGCUGAUACUUGUGCAUUAUAUGCUAAGGUUGGCCACUGUUGAAGCCUGCAAUGAUUUAACUACUUUUGGGAAGCUGUUUUCUACGUUGCCCCGGGUAGAAUUGAUUUACGAGGAAAUGGCUGUUGAACCUUCUGAUUUUGUGAGUGAACUCAAGAGUUUGCUGCAUGAGAUUGGUUCCCCUACUGAUGGGCCUUUCUACAGUCCAUCUAUGUUUCAGAAGUCAGUUAAAAUUUUCUCCUUGAAGCAGUUUAUCUUCUGUGGAGAACUCAAGUACAUAAAAGCAGAACUGGAUAUUCCUAACAAUGACAUUGAAAGUCCUUUCCACUUUGUUUCAGGGCUUCCUGUUGGUAUACAAUUAGAAAUCACUUUAUAUAAUAUCUCAAGGGAGAAUAGGUUGUGGCUGCGGCUGGUUGUGGAUGCAGUUUUAACUGAAUUUGUUUUCCUGGAUUUGGGCCAAUAUGAAGGCAACAAUGAGAUUAGAAAAUUCACAUUUCUUUCGCCCUUCUACAGAACUCCCAAAGCAAAUUCUUUCACAGUGAGGGUGUGCCUUGGUAUGGAGUGCUUGUCUGAAGAUAGCCAUUUGUUUGGAAGUUCUGGCGGCGGUCCAAAAAAGGAUUUAGUUUAUCUCUGCAAGGAAAAGGAAGUGUGCUUCUCUCAAUGUGUGCGAAAGAGUGAGUUGUGAUUUGUACUGCUUCAAAAAAUGAUCUUACCGUGAAGAAGGCGAACCACAUGUUUUUUUUUUUCUGUUUAUGUCGAGUACUUUUGAUAUGAACGCUUAUUAUAUUUUUACAAAGUAGUGUUACUUUGUAAAAAUGUUAGUUAAUUAUUAAUGCAUCUCUCAUUUAUGACAUAUUUACAUGAGUGUAUUGAUAAUUCAUUCAAGUAAUAAAUGCAUAUAUUUAAAUGAAUUAUCAAUACACUUUUUUACUUUAAUAAUUUAAUGAGAGGUAUAUUAGUAAUUAAUUAAUUAGGU